AUGGACUCUCCCUGGCACUGCAACAGCUCCUGGCACUACGACGACCUCACGCCCUGCGCGAGGGUCAAGUACUUUGAAACCGCCCUGCCUUUGGCCAUCCUCUCAGCUUCAGGAGCCAUAAUAUUAGGGAAAUCCCUUGCAAAUUAUCUAUCCAUCAAGAACAAGAAUCUAUCAAAUGAAUACGAACCGUUGCUACGUGCUGCUAAUGAUCAAUCCCAUGGCUCAUUGCUAGAUGGUGAUGACAAGGAGUUCACUGAAAAGAUUAAAAACACUCAUUUUGAUAUAGCGUCAUUGCCACCGGUUAAGCUAAAUGGUAAACCUCAUGGUUCAAUUAAAUAUGUCCCAAGAUCUAAAACUGAGAAAUUUAGAGUCGUAUUUGAAGAAUUGUUGAUUCUGAUACAAAUUGCAUUAAAUUCUACCAAGUUUUCCAAUAAGAAUGAUGAUAAUUCAACUGCAAUCUUUAUAAACAUAGCAUUAUGGUCAUGGUUAUUAAUCUUAACCACUAUAAGAUUAUCAAACCUAAAUGAUUCUUUCAAAAAAUUGAUCAAUAUAAUUCCAAAUUUAUGGGUCAAUAAUUUUGUCACAUAUCUAUUCUUAUGGUUCCCAAGUUUUAUAUCAUUCAGAAGUGCAUUAAUUGGUAAUACGUCAUCUCCAAUCCAUUAUUAUACAAACUUCACCAUCAUCUCCAUCCUAUUUCUCAAUUUAUUAACUUCUAAAAUCGGUUAUAAAACUCCAUUCAUCUAUAUCACUGAUGAAAACUCAACCCCUGCUCCAGAACCAAUAACAAGAUUGAGUAGCUUCAUCACAUUUAGUUGGGUGGAUCCAAUGAUUUGGCAAUCAUAUUUAGAAUCUUUGAAAAUUGAACAAGUUUGGGACUUAAGAUUAGAAGAUUAUUCUUAUUAUGUUCAAAAAAGUUUUAAACAAUAUAGUGAUUCAAGAAAAAAUUGGAAGUUUUCAAAUAGAUUAAUCUUAUAUUUUAUUAAUAAUUUAUUAAUUAUGGGAUUUUGGGCAAUUGUGGAGACAAUUAUUUUAUUUGCUCCAACUUUAUUAUUGAAAAAAAUUUUAGAAUAUGUUGAUGAUACAACAACAACUUCUAAAAAUUUGGCUUGGUUUUAUGUUUUCUUAAUGUUUAUCUUUAAAUUAUUAGCUUCUGUCUCUUCAGGUCAAGCUUUAUUCUUGGGGAGAAGAGUCUGUAUUAGAAUCAAAUCAAUCAUUAUUGGUGAAAUUUAUGCAAAGGCUUUAAGAAGAAAAUUAUCAGCUGCUGAUCAAAAAACCGAGGAAGAUGAGGAUGAUGAUAAAAAAAAAGAUAAAGAUCCUCAAUUAGAUAAUAAAGAAGAUGGUGAUGAAGAAUCCAAGAAAACUUCAGCUAAUCUUGGUGCAAUCAUUAAUUUAAUGGCUGUUGAUGCUUUUAAAGUUAGUGAAGUUUGUGCUUAUUUACAUGCUUUUGUCGGUGCAAUCUUUAUGAUUUUCGUUUCAAUCUAUUUAUUAUACAAUUUGUUAGGUUGGAGUGCUUUAGUUGGUGCUUUUUCAAUCAUUGUAUUGGCUCCUGUUAAUUAUACUUUGGCUCAAUAUUUAGGUACUUUAGAGAAAAAAAUGUUGUCAGUCACUGAUAGACGUAUUCAAAAAUUGAAUGAAACUUUCCAAGCUAUUAGAAUUAUUAAAUUUUUCGCAUGGGAAGAUAAAUUUUCAGAUCAAAUUUUGAAAAUUAGACGUGAAGAAUUAAGUUAUUUGAAGAAAAGUGCAUUUAUGUGGGUUGCUUCAUCUUUUGUUUGGUAUAUCACACCAACUGUGGUUACUUGUGUUUCAUUUGGUUGUUAUAUUUUCAUCUCUCAUAAAACUUUAACCACUCCAAUUGCAUUCACUGCUUUAUCUUUGUUUAAUUUAUUAAGAAAUCCAUUGGAUCAAAUUAGUGAUAUGUUGAGUUUUGCCAUUCAAUCAAAAGUUUCAUUAGAUCGUGUGCAAAAAUUCUUGGAUGAAGAAGAAUCAACAAAAUAUGAACAAUUAACAGCCGUGAAGAACAAUAACAAUAACAAGAUUGGUUUUGCAAAUGCUUCAUUCAGUUGGAACUCAAAAUCAGAUGUUGAUUUCAAAAUUAAAGAUUUAACAAUCGAUUUCAAAUUGAGAAAAUUAAACGUUAUUAUUGGUCCGACAGGUGCCGGUAAAACUUCAUUAUUAAUGGCUUUAUUAGGUGAAAUGGAAUUAACAAAAGGUGAAAUUUACUUACCAGGCUAUAAUGCUAGAGAAGAUUUAGAAGUUGAUAAAGACGGUUAUACUGAAUCAGUUGCUUAUUGUUCUCAAGCUGCUUGGUUAUUGAAUGAUUCAAUUAGAAACAAUAUUAUAUUCGCUGCUCCAUUCAAUAGAGAUCGUUAUAAUAAAGUUGUCGAAGCUUGUGGAUUAACUCGUGAUUUUGAAAUCUUGAAAGCUGGUGAUCAAACUGAAAUUGGUGAAAAGGGUAUUGCAUUAUCUGGUGGUCAAAAGCAAAGAGUUUCAUUAGCAAGAGCCUUGUAUUCAAAUUCAAGACAUAUCUUGUUGGAUGACUGUUUAAGUGCUGUUGAUUCUCAUACUGCUCUUCACAUUUAUGAAAAUUGUAUUUCUGGUCCAUUAAUGGCAAAUAGAACUGUUUUAUUAGUUUCUCAUAAUGUUGCUUUAACAAUUAAAUCUGCUGAAUAUGUUAUUGUUAUGGACAAUGGUAAAGUUACUCAUCAAGGUACUCCUCAUGAAUUAUUGGAAGCUGGUGCCUUGGGUGAUGAUGAAAUGAUCAAAUCAAGUGUUAUGGCUUCAAGAGUUAAUUCUUCAUUGAACUUAAAAGAUGUGCAAUCAAAUGAUUCUUCGGUCACUGAAAGUGUUGCUAAAAAAUUGAGAAAUCCAUCAGAAUCAAAACCAACUUUAAUUGAUGAAGAAGCUGAAGAAUUGGAAAAUUUGAAAAAGGGUAAAUUGAUUGAAGAAGAAACUAAAAGUGAAGGUGUUGUUUCUGGUGAAGUUUAUAAAUGGUAUUUCAAUGUCUUUGGUGGGUUCCCAAUUGUUAUUGCAUUAUUAUCAAUUUUCGCAGUUGCUCAAGUUUCAAAUAUUGGUCAAUCUUGGUGGGUCCGUGCAUGGGCUAAAAACAUGGAGAAUAGUUUAUCCAUCAUGGGUUCAGUUGUGGAAUCAAAUACCUAUUCAAAUACAAUGAUCAAAUCUGUGACAAAACCAUUAAAUGUUUUCAUUUUGAAAUACCAUGUUGUUAAAAAUAGCGUUGAAGUUAUGAAGACUGAAAAUGAAUCUAUUUUCUAUAUCACUAUUUAUGCUUUAUUAGGUUUCACUUAUGCUGCAAUUUCUUCAUUUAGAGUUAUCAUGGUGUUUUUAGCUGGUAUUAGAGCUUCUUCAAGAAUUUUCAAAAAAGUUUUAUUAAGAGUCCUAAGAGCAAAAUUAAGAUUUUUCGAUUCAACACCAAUUGGUAGAAUUAUGAAUAGAUUUUCUAAAGAUAUUGAAUCUAUUGAUCAAGAAUUGGUUCCUUUUGCUGAUGGUGCAUUGGCUUGUGUCAUUUCUGUUAUUUUCAUCUUGUCAUUAAUUACAGUCAUUACUCCAGGUUUCAUCUUUUUGGCUAUUAUAAUUGUUGCCUUGUAUUAUACAAUUGCAUUCUUUUACUUGAAUGGUUCAAGAGAAUUGAAGAGAUAUGAAUCAAUUACAAGAUCACCAAUCCAUCAACAUUUCAGUGAAACUUUGGUUGGUGUUAGUACUAUUCGUGCUUAUGGUAUGGAACGUAGAUUCUUGCAAGAAAAUUUGGUCAAGAUUGAUGAUAAUAAUAAACCAUUCUUUUAUAUGUGGGUCACAAAUAGAUGGUUAAGUAUUAGAAAUGAUUUAGUUGGUUCUUUGGUUAUCUUUUUCAGUGGUGCUUUUGUCUUGUACAACAUUAAUAAAAUUGAUGCAGGUUUAGCAGGUAUUUCGUUAUCUUAUGCUAUUGCCUUCAAUGAAAGUGCAUUAUGGGUUGUUAGAUUAUAUGCUAACGUUGAAAUGACCAUGAAUUCUGUGGAAAGAUUAAAGGAAUAUUUGGAUAUUGAAGAAGAACCUGCUGAAUAUUUACCAGAGAAUGAACCUCCAGCAAACUGGCCAGAUCAAGGUAGAUUAGAAGUUAGUGAUUUAUCACUACGUUAUGCUCCAACUUUACCAAGAGUUAUAAAGAAUGUUACAUUUUCAGUGGAACCAAAUAAUAAGAUUGGUAUCGUUGGUAGAACAGGUGCUGGUAAAUCUACAAUUAUCACUGCAUUAUUUAGAUUUUUGGAUCCAGAAACUGGUUAUAUCAAAAUUGAUGGUGUUGAUAUCACAUCAAUUGGUUUGAAAACUUUGAGACAAGCUAUUACAAUUAUUCCACAAGAUCCAACAUUAUUCACAGGUACAAUUAGAUCUAAUUUAGAUCCUUUCAACAGUUAUAAUGAUGAGAACAUCUAUGAGGCUUUAAGAAGAGUUAAUUUGAUUACAAGUAAUGAAGUCUUGAACACUUCAAAUGCUAUAACGUCAGAUGAAAAUGUUAAUAAAUUCUUGAAUUUGGAAAAUGAAAUUACAGAAGGUGGUGGUAAUUUAUCUCAAGGUCAACGUCAAUUAAUGUGUCUUGCAAGAUCUUUGUUAAGAUCACCAAAGAUCAUGUUAUUAGAUGAAGCUACUGCAUCAAUUGAUUAUGAAUCUGAUUCAAGAAUUCAACAAACCAUCAGACAAGAAUUCUCAGAAAGUACAAUUUUGACAAUUGCUCAUAGAUUAAGAUCUAUUAUUGAUUAUGAUAAGAUUUUAGUUAUGGAUGCCGGUGAAGUUAUUGAGUUUGAUCAUCCAUACAAUUUGAUUAAGAAUGCUUCAUCAACAUUUUUCAGUAUGUGUCAAGAUAGUGGUGAAUUGGAAGUUUUAGUUCAAUUGGCAAAGGAAGCCUACACUAAAAAGGUCAACAAAUAG